AUGCUCUGCUUGGGCAGGCCGCAGCAGCUACCCACAUUAGCUUGGUACCAACUAUCAAUUGACCGCGUGCUCCAUCCUAUCAGUCACCCCAUGACCGCGAUGAAGAGGAGACUUUGCUCAAUGGAUGAUGAGUCUUUUGACUCUUUCAAGCGACGUCACAUCGAACAAGCCAAAUCCGAAACAAAUUCGGCUGCGCUCGGCCCCCUUAAAGAGAAUCCGAUCGGCUUGAAUGGCUCGUCGGCAACUACUCUUGAUAAAAAAGGUUGCCGAGCCAGGUUCUCUUCUAAUUUCGAAUUCGAAGGGCAACUCGAGGAGGCGUUUAGGGUCAUCCAACCCAAUAAACCUGAACCUGAAAAAAAAUCGAUCUCACCAUCUCAUCGUGAAUUAGAACUAACGAUUAGUGACGGUAUCAGGAGUCCAGUCCUUCCAAACACGGUGGCAAGUACCGGAGGACACCGCAUACCGUUUACAAAGCAGUGCCGAAGUGUUAAACCCAAACUUCCAGGACGCGAAAACUUCAAGAAUGCGCGUAACAAACCCGAGUCGAGCCGCUUCAGGAAACCAAAGCGGUCCCCGCGCGAUAUCAACCAAUUUCCAUUAUGGAAUGAUAUAUUUCAAAUGAAAGAAAAGGGUAGAUGGAAGUCACCUCGAAGUCGUACCAUUCGACCGCCGCCCCCACAACUCAUCCGCCAAAUUGAUGACGAAUGCACCAAACCGUCGGCAAAAAAGCCUAAAAGCCUGAUUCCGUUAUCCAGCUUACUCAUCAGCGCUAAGGAUUAUUAUGAGUUAAGUAUACUCACCCCUGUUGGUCUGCAAAGGGACGAAAAAUACAAUUGGGGACACCUUAAGAAAAAUGCCCAAAUCAGAAACAACCUCAUGCGCCAGAAGAUUCGGCAUCGCGUGCUUGAGAUGUCCUCACAAGCACCUGCUCCCUCGACAGAGGUUCUAGAACGCAGGUUUAGGGCAAACAGAGAGUCAGAAAAACUACGCAGCCAACGAAGGCCCUCGUGUAACUUUAAAAGCAACCCAUACAAGAACCUUGCGGAGAAGCAUCAUGGUGCAGGCAGACUUUCCCACUUGACGCCAUGCACCGGAACGUCGAAUCCAAAUGAGCAUAUGCUGAAUAACCGUCAUACAAAUUUUUCUACACGAGCCCAAAUACCCACAAUCAGUAAAUAUUUCCCCCCUCCCUCGAAAAAUAAUCUUUCUUUCCCUGUGAGAAGCUUCCCGGACGAACCGCAUGACCCGGUAUCGACUUCUCCGCCAAUCGAAGGAAAUGCUGGGCCUGAUAGUCGAAUUGAAAACUCAACCAGAUCUGGCGAGGCGAUUCAAGAUACUCUUGACGAUCUUUCCCGACACGAAAUCAAAGCUUGCGCCAAUCCACCAGCUCCAUUGCGGUUUUCGGAAAUUAAACAUUACCCGAAAAAGAUUACCGUCGCGAUCGAUCCCGAAUCACAGCGUCAAAGUCGGGUCACCCGCGAUCAAAAAAUUUAUCGUAGUUCAAAAUACGCGGAUCCGAAUCCAAAAACACCGCUUGUGCUUCAUUCUGAUACAAAUUCCGAUGACCCGCAACAAGAGGGAAAAGGUGUAUCAGAAGUCGCUAGAAGCCAUAAGGCCAUCGACUCCAAUAGGGGAACAUCCGCCCUUGAUGAUGUUAUUCCUCUCGCCAUUCCCUCCAGAGACGAGGGAAGAAAUGAGGAAGCAAUUCAGCAAGAGCCGGCAUGUUGCCGUUCUUCGCAAGUUGGUCAAUUGAACGAGAAUAAUCCGGAACGAGAAUCGCUCCUCCAAAGGUCAACUGGGGUCCACUUGGAAGAAGGGAGGAAAAACAAUCACGAUCGUCCCGAUCCUCCUCGAUCCUCGGGGGUCAAAUCAGCUGGGGAGUUCGAGAAAUCCAACGCUGAUAUGAAAGCUUCGAAGGUAAACACAGUGGAGCCUGAUCUAUCCGACUUCGAACCAAUCCCAUCAGAUGGAUUCGUGCCUUUAAAUUUUGAAGAUAGCAAUUCCCUAAAAUCUUCGAAUAAAUGCCAGAUCUUGCCGUUGAUUGGGGAGAACAAGAUAGGAUCCCGUGAGCUCGACGAAGAGAGUUUUGAUACCGAUUACACCGCCGAGUCAUGGCCAGGAUUUCCAUGUUUCGAUGAAGGCAUUAAGAAAGCCUCUAGUUUUUCGAAUAACAGUUCGGACAGUUUGUGGGGAGAUAGGGACGUACUUACCGGAAACCCGAAGUUUGAAGGACCACCUUGUAGUCAAGUACGAUCGAGUAGAGGCCACAAAACUGUCCCUGUAGUGAAACAGGACUCGAGAACGAACAAAAUUCAGAUUGAAUGUUGCGCAUUCCAAAAUCCUUGUCGUAGACGGAGGAUUGAUUUCAUGCCCAGUUACUUUUCCACAAGACCACCUCCUUUCCGUGUAAAUGACACAUUGUAUCCUUAA